CACACAUCCAUUCGUUAAAUGUAAAUUUUGUAAACAAUCGGGGGCCUGUCAUCCGCAAUAAUCCACAAAUAACGAGUACGGUUUUCCCUGCCGUUAAUUGGAUUUGCAAAUCUUUUUACUCGCCGAAAAAGGAUUCUUUGUACUCUACAUGCAAAGGAUACAAUACAACAAAAUCAAGUUUGCUUAAAAAAAUAAUCCUUAGCAAUUUGUAAGAAAUUUCCUUUAUACAUAAUUCCAAUUUGAACUCUCUGUCUAAUCAGAAUAUAACACAGAAUCCAAACAAACUCGUUUCCAGCAUCAGUUCUCAGGAUUGUACUUCCAACCAGAUCUCCAGCUCUUUCAUCACCUAGUUUCCAUCAUGAUACAUCUAUCCUCAAGAGAGAAUACCCUUACCCAAUGCAAUUAAGUGCACCAAGUGACCGGAGGUUGAAAACAAUAUGACCAUGUGAUCGUUGAUUUCAUCCUAAUGGAAUGAAACUGGUAACCGCGAGGGGUUGAACGGGGGUUGCUGCUGUAGUUUCGCGCAUGCUGUUUCUACCUGCCGGCAAGAGGGUUGGUUUUAGCCGGUAACGGCGACUGAUAGAGAGUACGUGCAGUCAGAGGAAAGGGUAGUUUCAUCCGGGCUUUAUAUAAGGGUACGUACAGUUUGAAACUUAGUCAUAAACUGCUUUUGGUUGAUGCAUGUAGUCCGCUUCUUGCGCGACUUCGAAAAGAGGAACGUAAUCUGUCCGACGAUUAACGCGUUCAAUCGCCACGUGGUGCUUUUUCGUUUGCUUUUUCCCCUUUUUCGUGUCGGUGGUAAAAAAAAAAAAAAAAAAAAAAGGGCGGAGAAGUGUGGAAGUGUAAAGGCAGAAAAAUACAAGAAGAAUGUCCUUGAACCGUAGCACCGUGGACAAUGUCGUUUACGAUGCCGAUGAUCAAGUCAGUCCGAUGGUGUACGUCGCUGCAGCGAUCGCAUUGGGAUUUAUCGGAUUUUUUGGUUUCACCAUGAAUCUUCUGGUGGCGAUCGUGAUCGUCAAGGACGCGCAGAUACUGUGGACACCCGUCAACGUGAUCCUGGUUAAUCUUGUCGUUGGCGAUUUCCUGGUGGCUGCGUUUGGAAAUCCUGUUGCGAUGGUUUCUGCUAUCACAGGCGGAUGGUACUGGGGCUACAAAAUGUGCCUCUGCUACGCUUGGUUCAUGUCCACUCUGGGGUUCGCCAGUAUCGGGAACCUGACAGUAAUGGCUGUUGAAAGGUGGUUACUGGUAGCCAGACCGAUGAAAGCUCUGUCCAUAAGGCAUGCGAUAACACUUGGAAUCUUUGUCUGGAUCUAUGCACUCUGCCUCUCUCUGCCACCACUAUUUGGCUGGGGUAGUUACGGUCCAGAGGCAGGAAACGUGUCUUGCAGCGUGUCCUGGGAAGUCCACGACCCUCUUACCAAAAGCGACAGCUACAUAGGAUUCCUCUUCGUGUUUGGUCUGAUCAUCCCCGUUUUGGUGAUCAGUAGUAGUUACGUGGCAAUUAUAGCGACCUUGAGAAAAGUGCGAAAGAGAGCAGGCGCAAGCGGAAGACGCGAGGCGAAGAUCACGAAAAUGGUUGCACUAAUGAUAACUGCCUUCCUGCUCGCCUGGUCGCCUUACGCUGCUCUUGCGAUCGCCGCGCAAUAUUUCGACGCGAAGCCAUCGGCAUCGGUAGCUGUGCUUCCGGCGUUAUUGGCCAAAUCCUCCAUUUGCUACAACCCUAUAAUCUACGCAGGUUUAAACAGCCAAUUUCCCCGCUCUCUAAAGAAGAUCUUCGACGUACGAAUCGCGAGAUCCUCGUUACCGGACAGUCAAAACACCGCGUUGACGCUGUUGAACAGACAAGAGCAAAGGAACUGAGGACCAUUAUCUCUAUCGAACAACGCCAUAAAUGUCUGCAGCUAUGUAGAUGUUGGAUGAAUCGUGGAACCAUCGAAUAUAAGUCGUCUUAACAACGUGGUUCUUCCUUCUUGCCUCUUUGUUGUUUGCUUUCGCUUCUUUUCGUCCGCUGGAUUUGCUUAUCCGAUUACGGAUUCACGUACGUGAGCGGAUCUUUUGUUUCUGCGAUCGAAUUAGUCGUGAGAACAGCGUUGAAUUUUGCCGGGAUACGCUAAACGUUCUUUCGUUUCGAUGCGAAGAUCUUAACACCUGGUGGAAGUUUCGAAGAUCGCGGUGAAAAGCAAACGAUACGCGUUCUUUUCUUUCGUUUUCCGGUAUUUUCGUUUGCUUUUUACAGUCUUCGUGGCUCUCACGCGUUGCCAUGUGUUAAUUGAUGCGUGAACUUUUUUGGCCGCUUGGUUCCACCGAUGAACGUCGCAGUGUGUCUCUCGAAGAUCGUUCGUGUAAUGAAACGUGCGAAUAAGAAAAAUUGAAUUUCAUUACGGUUUGGUUUCACACAGCGUGACAUUCUUUGCCGAAAUCAUUCGUAGCAGGUAGUUUGAAUGUAUUUUGGCGCAGGUAAAUUGCUAAAAUACCGAAUGAAAGAAACACCGAAGUUUUGAGUAGAGUAAGAUAGAAUUAUUUAAGUUAGAAGGAUAUUUGAGCGAAGCUAAGUAAUUCGCCUUGCGAUUCGCCAAAUCUCACAAUGAACAAUUUUCAAGCAAGCCACGUUUCAAGAUAUUCGACUUGUUAAUCACGCGAUAAACGAGAAGACGGAUGAUCAUAAUGUCAGAGAAACAAUAAGAAUCUCGAUUAAACUUCAUUUGUAAUCUAUAUUGCACGCGACAUAUUUUAAGUCCAUAAAAUGACAAUUGGUCGUAAAUUAAAAGCAAGUGGAAGGAAAAAAGCAAAGCUUGGAGCAAUGACGAAAUUACGUUAUCCAUUAAGUAUCGUAAGGAUCGUAAAGCAGACGCGUUGUUAUAAUUUAGAAAUAAAAAUAACCAAUAAGCAAUCAUAUCUCUCUCUGUUCUCCAUUGAAAGAGAUUCUACGCUCGUAGAAUAGUAAUAGUUGCGCUGUUAUUCUUUCUAAUUCCUCUUACGAGUUCCAGUCGCGAUGGAAUCAUUAUGGAUGGCUUUGCAAAGUAUCUGUAUUACGAUUCGUAACACGUGCGAUUAUGGCAAGAUAGCGAAAGUGAAAUCGCGAGGAAAAUUCAACGUCGCUAAUCAAACCUUUUCUGAAGCAACCGCGUACGAUGCGAUUGACCCAUCCAGAUAUGUAAUUUCAAAUUCAAUCAGAAAUUCGAAUCGCAAUUAUAUCUGCACGCUCUCCCAUAUCGUCGUUAUUUUUCUUCAAUUGUAAUUAUAUUAAAUUAAAUUCAAUUAAAUUAUAA